CUGAGAGUGCGCGCGGCAGCUGUUUGCAGGGAAGAACUGGUCUGGCUUGCUGCUUCUCGCUGCUUCUGCUUCUCCAGAGGGAGAGACACCGGUGGCUUCUGACUGGGUGAGGACACUUGGUGGCUGUUCGUGGCUGCUCUGACUGACUUUGCCUCUGAACCUGUGGCAAGAGGCCUGCCUGUGGACGCUGAGUGUCCAUCCUCAGUGCUUGAAAGCCUACAGCCCACAGGGUCAGAUCCCCACAGGCGUUCAGUUUCUAGAUCCCCGCAGACACUGAGUGAUGGCCUCCAUGGGGCUGCAAGUGAUGGGCAUUGCCCUGGCGGUGCUGGGCUGGUUGGGUGCCAUCCUCAGCUGUGCGCUGCCCAUGUGGCGCGUGACGGCCUUCAUCGGCAGCAACAUUGUCACAUCGCAGACCAUCUGGGAGGGCCUGUGGAUGAACUGUGUGGUGCAGAGCACCGGCCAGAUGCAGUGCAAGGUGUACGACUCGCUGCUGGCGCUGCCGCAGGACCUGCAGGCGGCCCGCGCGCUCAUCGUGAUCUGCAUCAUCGUGGCCGUGCUGGGCGUGCUGCUGUCCGUGGUGGGUGGCAAGUGCACCAACUGCGUGGAGGAUGAGAGCGCCAAGGCCAAGAUCAUGAUUGUGGCGGGUGUGGUGUUCCUGCUGGCCGGCCUGCUGGUCAUGGUGCCCGUGUCCUGGACGGCCCACAACAUCAUCCAAGAUUUCUACAACCCGCUGGUGGCCUCUGGCCAGAAGAGGGAGAUGGGCGCCGCGCUCUACAUUGGCUGGGCGGCCUCCGGCCUGCUGCUGCUUGGUGGAGCCCUUCUCUGCUGCAACUGCCCACCCCGCACCGACAAGCCCUACUCUGCCAAGUACGUCCCCGCCCGCUCCGCCCAGGGCAGCAACUACGUGUAAGGUGGCACCGCUCCACUCUGAUGCUUUGGCUUUGUUUCUCCAUGGACUGAGCUCAGUGCCGCCUAUGACCCCGGGAUGGCCCAACCACGGGCUGCGGGCUGAAGGCACUGGGCAGGCAGGACUGAACCAGGCCAGCAGCCCUCAGCCCCUCUGGCCCUCUUGGCCCACCUCUACAAGGAUGGACAGAAAGACUCCUGGGCUACUCUCCUGAGUGGCCACUGAUGGGGGGAGGGGGCUGGCGUGACAGGGUAUGUCGGUAGAGCUGGUAGAGCUGGGAGCUGGCGCCUGCUGGCCAGGACAGCUCAGCCUCGAUUUUGUUUGGGCUCUGAGUAGGUGCCCUGCCCAUGCCUCUGUUGACCAUUGUCUCCUUCUUUGAUCUUCUCCACUCCCUCUGCCCACAUCUUUGGGUGGGUCAGCGAGCACUGGGCUGUCCCUUGCCCACGGAAACCUGUGGUCAUGAGACUGGCUGGGGCCUUGCUCAUCCAUCUGCCCGGUGGUGCAGCACAAAGUGGACAGACAGGUUUAGAGGGGAGGGGUGAAGGUGCUACAAACUGGUUUGGGUAGUGGUGGGGGAGGGGGCUACUGAGGCAGCCCACUUGGCCUCCACCCCUUCCUACCUUCCUGUCCCGCCACAGCCAGGCAGCCCCCUGGCUCCACCUCAGCAAAAGGACCCUGCCCCCCCGAGACUGGCUACCUCUGGAUCGAUGCCCCUGUCAAGGUCAUUGGCCAGCCUGGGGAGGGCAGGGGGAGUGGUCUUUUGCUGGCCCUCAUCCCAGGACAUCCUGGGGCUGUUAUGUUUUGUAAUUUAAGAUCUAUUUGUCACUGUAGCUACUGUUAUUUUCUAUAAUAAAUGAGACGUGUGCACAGGAAGGCUCUGAUUGUU